AUGGACGGGCUUUUGACGGCAAUUAAAACCGUCAAGCGGGACUCGGACCAUUCAUUGGCAGCUGUUGAAUCAAGACGACAUCUCAGCGAUGCCCCCAUAAAACCCACUAUUAGCCUGGCAUUGGAUGAAGAUCUAACUCCGAAUCGGAUUAUAGAUGUGCUAAAAUCCCAACCUUCCUCAGAGCAAGUCUCUGCGGUUUUAGCUGCACUCGAUCCAUUCAGCAAUUCCAAAAUCUCCGGACUUGACAUUCGGGUCGCUGGUUCUGUAUCAGCUCAGAUCCUCCAGAUUUUAGUCAGCACCACAAUUCCGGACCACUGGACAUCCGUUGUGGGAAAUGGCAAGAAAGUCAAAAACUCAAGAAUAAGAGCUGCUUUCCUACGGUGCUUUAGCAACGUUGCUGGUAUUAGCUCCCUUGUUGCUCGCCUUCGAUAUCUCAUCGCAUCAGCCCGAGCAUCUUCCCAUCAGACCGAAGGUUCAGGCAGUCAUGCUGCUAUUGAGGACAUUUUAUCUGUUCUUGCUGCUUUAUUGGAACCUAAGGAUUUUCUGUUUCGUCUUUAUGGUGACACUUUAUCUCUUUACGACAAUAAUACGCGGCAAAAAGUCUCGUGGAAUGAACUGCUAUCUCUCGUUGCCUCCGGCAAGAUUAUGUCCACGGCAGCCGAAGCGCUUACUGUAGCCAGUGAAAUCCAAUCAUCUUCAAUAAAAUGGCUUGGAGAUGGCUCUCGUUAUACAUCAUGGCUUGGUUCCAAUAUUUCCCAUUUCAUAUCAAAGCUUGAUACCAACGACGAAAGCGGCUCGUCGUUCAUAGCCUCUUUAACUGAACGAGCUCUUAGCCUGGGUUAUUCAUCUUUCUUGGUCCCUGAGAUUUACGCAAACAUUCUCCAAGACCCAUCAUUCUCCAUAAAAUUCAACUUGCUUGUUGAUCGGCUCAGGCUAUCAGCCCAGCUCACUGUCCUUCAAAUCAUCCUCAUGGAUUUACCUAUCAGAUAUCGAUCGAUUCGCUCAUGUGACUACCCCAGUGAUCCAAGGACAUGCACAGAUAUUGUGACUGGAGCAGCAAAGUUUUUAUCCCUGGUCAUCGGUGAUAGGUCACACUUCAAAGAAGAAAUCUCAGACUGGCUCACGACGGGCCGAUUUGCAGCUGUCUUCCCGGUUGGGAUCAACCGAACUAUUGUCGCAACUUACGACAAUGAAAAUAGUGCACUCAAAACCCUGAUCAUUCGCAGCCUUGAACACUUCGGAGAGAAGUUUGUUAUCAAUCGCAAUAGUGAUCGUGAGCAUGAUGCCAAUGCCCAAAUCAUUCUCCUGGCAGCAGGCCGACUGCAUCGAAUUGACCCUUCUCAAGUCAAGGAAAUUGGUCGCUCAGGGGCAUUCCUGAACGCAAUAUCCAAUCGACUUGCCGCAUCAUCUAAUAGAGCACGGCUCAUGGGUAUGAUCGUUGGAACGGGCAUGUCUGAACUUGUCGAGGAGCCAGGAAAGUCGAUGAAGUUUGAUAUUGAAGAAAUGCAGAGCGCCGAAACUCAGUGGUAUCUGAGUUUGAUAAAAGCUCAAGAUGAUGUCGGAUCUUUUGAGUCCAUCAAAUCUUUAUUCAACCCAGUGGAAUCCCCAGCUGCCCCUUCGAAUACCAAAGAUCUCAAAUCGCGCUCUGGUCCUCAGAAAAUACUAGAGGUCAUUAGCGAUGAUGAGGAUGAGAAUGGCGAAUCGGAAGACGAAGACCUCAUUCCAUAUGAGAAGCCUGACGACGACGCAGAAGACGACGAUGAGGACGCAACGCUAGUUCAGCGAAACAAGCCAACAGCACCUGUGUACAUUCGUGACCUGGUCACAUAUCUCCGAGACAACGAAAAUGUCGAACGUUAUCACCUAGCUAUCACGACAGCGCCGAGUCUGAUCCGUCGUAAGAUAGGAUUUGGCAGCGAGCUUGCUGAGCACGUUGAGGAGCUAGCACUAACAAUCGUCGGCCUCCAAAACGACAACAAGCAUCCCCAAUUUCACGAAGCCCGACUCCAGAGUAUGAUUGCCUUGAUUGUCUCACAGCCCCUCAAAAUGGGUCGUUGGUUCACAGCGUUCUUCUUUGAGGGAGACUUAUCCCAAGUUCAGCGAUCUGCCAUUCUCACAGCCCUUGGAUUGAGUGCUCGCGAAGUCUCCGGCAAUGGAGAAGAUGAUGCUAAAACGUUGGGCCUCCCUGCUUUGCAGGACACCUCGUUCCCAUCUCAACGUCUUGCGCCAGCGUUAGAUGCUAAGCUCCGAGAGUCUAAAGAUUCCCCUAUCGCAGCGCUCACUAGAGAAAUGUCAAAAGCUUCACUGCAGCCAAUGGCUGCUAUUGCUGCUGAUGAAAUGACGGGGCCAAACGCUCUCAAAGUACGCACAUUCUCGACCCGCAUGCAAGUUGAGAAGAAGCGACAACAACGUGAUGCUCAGCGACAGAAAGCUGUUGCGAAGGAUCUUUACAGGGUUCUUGCCGAGGGAUUCUUCUACCCCCUUACCAGUCGAUUUAACGUGAUGAUGCUCCAAUUUUCCUCCUCAUCAGUCUCAUCGCACAACCCAUUCAUAAUCCCCCACAUCCUUACCCUCUUCCUCCAGACUCUCUCUCUUAUCCUAUCGACUUCCGGUCCAUAUUCUACGUUUUUGCCUGGCCUUACACACGACACCCUCUCGCUUCUCAUGUCACUACACACAAGUCCCAUGUCCAGUGAUCCGACAAUCACUGCUGCCCUCCUUACCUUGUUUCUUGCAACCGUAGACCUGAACAUUGCUUCGGGAUCGAACGGUGAAGAGCGUCUUGUCACCGAGUGCGCAAGUCAGGUUAUUGAAUUACGUGAGUGGGCUUCUCAAGUGUUUGAUAAUACACCUGCGGUUCCGAGAAGAGUGCAUUCAAAUGCACCUGUCGAUACCCAGGAUCAGGUGCGAACUCUAGCUGCGGGCGUGAUGAUUCGGAUUGGGGAGAUUACAGAGCGGUAUCAAGGUCGAUUGAUGGGCGUCAAUUCCGGAUUCAAGUAUUGA